UGCGCCAAGCGCGUCGGGGGUCGUUUUUUAAAGAUUGACGCCCAGUUCCAGGCUUUUGUUUCGGAGGGUAGGCGCGACGGGUGCAAAGCAAGCUUUUAUUUCCGUGUGUCCACCUGAUUUUAUUAUCUCGUCCACCUCGGCAGCGCCGCGAGCCCUUCGAACGCCCCAACAUCCCGUGUCUCGCCCAUGAGUUCGAGGCUCGCCCGGCUCCGCGACUACACGAGGUAUACGUUUUGUGUAUGUUAUUGGCGGAUGAGCUGAUGAGGCCUACCCUCCGGUGCAUCCGUUCCCGCAUCAGUUCUAAUAGCAGUCCUACGAUCCAACAACCGCUCCCCGCCCGAUUUAGGUCACUGCUGUCCUAAAUUGUACGCACGAGGAAAUACGCAAGGCCACCACCGCCAUCAUGUCGGAACUCAUAGAUCUCUUCGAGCACCUCUUCGACUCGAUAUCCCAGCUCUUCAACCUCCUCAAAGACCGCUUCGUCCAGAACGUUGGCGAGUCUUUCUCGUCCAUGACACCGCAGCACACGAUACGAUUGGUCGUGAUUGUUGGCGCCUACAUGCUGCUCCGACCGCACAUCCUCAGGUUCACGGCGAAGCGCCAGGAGAAGCAGCUCGCAGAGCAAAUCGAGCGAGAAGAGCAGGCGGAGAUCUCUCCCAACCAGCUCCGCGGCCAGAUUGCCAUACCCGAAGAUAGCGACGACGAGCAACAGCCGGCCGAGGCGAGUGCCACGGACUGGGGCAAGAAGGCCCGAAAGCGGCAAAGGAACAUGAUCAAGAAGCUCCUGGACGCUGAGGAGAAGAGAUUACAGGAGCUCCAGGAGGACGAGGAGGACAAGGAUAUCGAGCAGUACCUCGUUGGAUAACUGUAACUUGCCUAGCACAUAGACGCCGAUUGCCAAGUCGCCUAAUUCGACGCAUCUGCCACCGGUUCCAUACACGCGUGCGAGCUCUCUCGGUGCUGCGAAUACGGGCCUAGAAUCUAGUAUCUACCAUUUUCGCAGUUUCGUGGCUCGUCUGCGCUCGGGCGCCGUUGGGCGGAUAUGAUUCGACCUCCUCUUCGUAGAGGGUUGAGGCGCGAUUGUUUUCUGGAGGUUUUGUCAAAGUCAGAAGAACAGCAGGUUGCCUCGUGAAAAUGGGACCAACUCUCUCCUAUCCUGUCUCUCCGGCGGCCUCUUUCAGUCGUCCAGCCUUCCCGACUUUACAGCACUUUUCACUUCGUCUAGUGUCGCAUAUUUCGGGGAGCCGGGUUCCUUGUUCUUCGCGACAUAAGAAAUAGACCGAGGAUGAUACAUGCCG